AUGCAGAAAGGCGGCUCAGCGACCGGGCGGCUCGGGUGCAGGGCGGCUCGGCUGCUGGGCGGCUCGGGCGCAGGGCGGCUCGGCUCCCGGGCGGCUCGGCGGCUGGGCGGCUCGGGUGCAGGGCGGCUCGGCUCCCGGGCGGCUCGGCGGCAGGGCGGCUCGGGUCCCGGGCGGCUCGGCGUCGGGCGGCUCGGCUCACGGGCGGUUCGGCUGCUGGGGCGGCUCGGCCAGGAGAUGCAGGGGCGGGGCCGUCAGGUGCAGCGGCGGGUCGACCGGUGCAGUGGCGGGCCGGCAGGUGCAGCGGCGGGCCGGCAGGUGCAGCGGCGGGCCGGCAGGUGCAGCGGCGAGGCCGUCAGAGGCGGCGGGCCGCUGGGUGCAGCGGCGGGCCGGCAGGUGCAGCGGCGGGCCGGCAGGAGCAGCGGCGGGCCGGCAGGGGAGGCGGCGGAGCCGCGUCAGGGGAGGCGGCAAGGCCGCGUCAGGGGAGGCGGCGGAGCCGCGUCAGGGGAGGCGGCGGGGCCGCGUCAGGGGAGGCGGCGGAGCCGCGUCAGGGGAGGCGGCGGGGCCGCGUCAGGGGAGGCGGCGGGGCCGCGUCAAACAGGCGGCGGGGCCGCGUCAGGGGAGGCGGCGGAGCCGCGUCAGGGGAGGCGGCGGGGCCGCGUCAGGGGAGGCGGCGGGGCCGCGUCAAACAGGCGGCGGGGCCGCGAUCAGGAGAGGUGGCGGGGCCGCGUCUGA